AUGAACCUCGGACGCAAGGAAAACCAGACUGCCGCUAUUGAACGCCUUAAGGAGAAAACCAACAUGACAGCUGUCCAGUGUUCUCCGCUGACAAAUCCCAUCAAAGGCUUUGUGACUGGGCCCAACUCCUACGGAGACGUGGUUAACUUCACGUGUGAGCCAGGAUACAAACUUGUUGGCACAUCUUCACUGACUUGUCUGUCUGAUGGAACUUGGGAUGGAAAAUCCCCAACAUGUACAGCUGUCGAGUGCCCCUUACUGUCGCCUCACCUCAACGGCAAAGUGACUGGCACCAACUCCUACGGAGACGUGGUUAACUUCACGUGUGAGCCAGGAUACAAACUUGUUGGUACAUCUUCACUAACUUGUCUGGCUGAUGGAACUUGGAACGGAAACCCAGCAACAUGCACAGCUGUCAAGUGUCAUCCGCUGUCAAACCCCUUUAACGGCUUCGUGACUGGCUCCAACUCCUACGGAGACGUGGUCCACUUCACAUGUAACCCAGGAUACAAACUUGUUGGCACAUCUUCACUAACUUGUCUGGCUGAUGGAGCUUGGAACGGAAACCCAGCAACAUGCACAGCUGUCAAGUGUCAUCCGCUGUCAAACCCCUUCAACGGCUUUGUGAGUGGCUCCAACUCCUACAGAGACGUGGCGAACUUCACGUGUAAGCCAGGAUACAAACUUGUUGGCACAUCUUCACUGACUUGUCUGUCUGAUGGAACUUGGGAUGGAACCUCACCAACAUGCACAGCUGUCCAGUGCCCGUUAGUGUCGCCCCCAACCAACGGCAUCCUGACUGGCACCAACUCCUACGGAGACGUGGUCAACUUCACGUUCCCAUUACCCAACCCUUUUUGGAAACAUGCUUAA